CUCAGCAUCUCCGCUUCCUCUCCCUGACUCUUCUUUCUGCCUUCCUUACCCUGCUCCUGGGGGCCCCUGGAUGUGCCUUCUCAGCUCUCUCCUUACAUUCUCUCUCCUUUCUGUCCACUGGAAACCCCACACCACUGCUCAGCUUCUCCCACACCACUCCUUCCUCUUAAGCUCUUAUGCAGCUUUUCCAAUCCUAAAUCCUCUGCCUACUGGAUUUUUCCUUGGGGUUAGCCUCUCUCACCCAGACCAUUUUAAUCUCAGCCUGCUGCCUCUCCUAGGCUGAGUUCCCUCUCCAGUUCUCCUCCCUUCAUGGUCCCCCUGGUCUAGGUCCUUCCACCUGACUAGUUAACCUGUCUCACCAUCAUCUCCCCACAAGUCUCCUCCCUGCUGCUCCUGCAUGUCUCCCUCUCUCUCCUCUCAGGCUCUCUCCUCAUUCCUUUCAACCCUGAUCCUCUACUUCCAUUCUCCUGACUGCCUAGGCAGUUAGGUUCAGGGAAUGGAGGAGAGGUUAUGGAAGCCUCUGGCCGUGUUUUGUGCCACUCCUCCUCCCUACCCCCACUCUUUUCCUCCAGAAGCUGAGGGAAGAGGGGUGAUGGGUAAUUUUGCCUCAUUCUGAAGCCUCUGAAAACUGUCACCAUGCCCCACUCGUACCCAGCCCUUUCUGCUGAGCAGAAAAAGGAGUUGUCCGACAUUGCCCUCCGGAUUGUGGCCCCAGGCAAAGGCAUUCUGGCCGCAGAUGAGUCUGUAGGCAGCAUGGCCAAGCGGCUGAGCCAAAUUGGGGUGGAGAACACAGAGGAGAACCGCCGGUUGUACCGUCAGGUCCUAUUCAGUGCCGAUGACCGUGUGAAGAAGUGCAUCGGAGGUGUCAUAUUCUUCCAUGAGACACUCUACCAGAAAGAUGAUAAUGGUGUCCUCUUCGCCCGUACCAUCCAGGAUAAGGGCAUUGUCGUGGGCAUCAAGGUUGACAAGGGUGUAGUGCCUCUAGCCGGGACUGAUGGAGAAACCACCACUCAAGGGCUGGAUGGUCUCUCGGAACGCUGUGCCCAGUACAAGAAGGAUGGCGCUGACUUCGCCAAGUGGCGCUGCGUGCUGAAAAUCAGUGAACGCACGCCCUCAGCACUUGCCAUUCUGGAGAAUGCCAACGUGCUGGCCCGCUAUGCCAGCAUCUGCCAGCAGAAUGGCAUUGUGCCUAUUGUGGAACCUGAGAUCCUGCCUGAUGGAGACCAUGACCUCAAACGUUGCCAGUAUGUUACAGAGAAGGUCCUGGCUGCAGUGUACAAGGCCCUGAGUGACCAUCACGUGUACCUGGAGGGGACCCUGCUCAAGCCCAACAUGGUGACCCCUGGCCAUGCCUGUCCCAUUAAGUAUAGCCCAGAGGAGAUCGCCAUGGCAACUGUCACUGCCCUGCGUCGCACUGUGCCCCCAGCUGUCCCAGGAGUGACCUUUCUGUCUGGGGGUCAGAGUGAAGAGGAGGCAUCUCUCAACCUCAAUGCUAUCAACCAAUGCCCCCUUCCCCGGCCCUGGGCCCUCACCUUCUCCUAUGGGCGUGCCCUGCAGGCCUCUGCACUCAACACCUGGCGAGGGCAACGGGAUAAUGCUGGAGCCGCCACUGAGGAGUUCAUCAAGCGGGCCGAGGUGAAUGGCCUUGCGGCCCAGGGCAAGUAUGAAGGCAGCGGAGAAGAUGGUGGAGCGGCAGCACAAUCCCUCUACGUUGCCAACCACGCCUACUGAGUACCCACUCCAUACCACAGCCCUCGGCCUGGCCACCUGCACCCAGUUUUGCCUGUAGUUACGGCCAUGAAGAGUGGAGAUGCCUCCACCCAGCACUGAGUCAUCUUCCUUUUUUCUCCUCCCCUCCCCUCUCCGAUUGUUGCACCUGGGACCAUUGGAUGGGAGGAUAGGGAGCCCCUCAUGACUGAGGGCAGGAGAACUUGCUAGAAGUCAGAGCAGGAUGCCUGGGUCUCCCCCGUGCCUCUGCCAGCCCCCACAAUUUCCCCAUGAUGGGGUUGCUUCUCCUUGGGCUCUCCUUGCCCACCCUCUCUCCUGGGAUCAGAGGGUAGGGCACCAGAGCUGACUCAUGCUUUGGGUACAUACCACAUAGCAAAUAAAUGGUAGCAAAGCA